AUGGAUUUUCAAUAUUUCGAUGUCCUUCAUCGCAUUUUACUGAGUCACUUGCAGCGGGGCAAUAUAAUGGCAGUCCUCGCGAUCGUUGGGCUUCCUCAGGUCCACGAGAAUCCCCUUUUUUGGCGUACCUGCACAUACCCCGAAGGACUUGUGUCUGCCAUGAUCGAUGCCUCGGACGUAGCAGCCCGCAAUAACCCACCGGACCAUGUCAAGCCAAAGAGAAAGAAUUACCUGUCCACCCCUCAACGACGCUCUAACCCAUCCGAAGACGCGAAUGAGGCGAAUCGCAGUGGGGGGAAGGAUGGGCCUCGGGACCUCGCGAGCGGCCGAAUAGGACCCAUUCAAAGCCCCCUCACCCCCUCCGAGCUUUAUAUCAUGCUGCGGUGGUGCAGUUCGGUGAACCUAUCUCGAAUUAAAGACGCCCGCGGUGGGUCUACCCCCGAGGGGAGGGAUAGUGUCCCGGGGGAGGAGGGGGCCUUGCAGGGAUCCCGCCCAUCAACCCGCGCCUGCGGCGGGGCUCUGUUGGACGGGGAUUCAGGCCUUAUGCUCUUUCACACGCUUCUUGGGCAAUUUUUGGCUUGUUUAGAACACCCGGAAGGGGACGUAUGUGGGAGUAUGGAGGGCGAUCCCAUGCCGGACCUCCUCAUGCUGUCGAACCUCUUGCGGGGCCACUGCGCCCAGCUGAGCUAUCGCAACCCCCUGCGCUCGGGGUGGGUUUCCACAGAGGGCGGUUCGCAGGUCAGGGAGGAAAGGGGGCGAGAAAGGGGAAGGAGGGAAGGGGGAAAUGGACCGAAUCUUCGAUUGACGAGCGCGAGUGGGGUGACUUCUUCAUCUGGGCUGCCGGCACCAAAGGAGAGGACAAAUAUGGGCGAGGACGUCGCGAGGCCAAGCGUCGAGCUACGCAAAAGAGCCCGAUGCUCUGAGCCGGACGACCCCUGCGCGGGGAGGCGUCUAUCCACCUCGCCUUCUUUGCCUAAACAACAGCCCACCGGCAGUAAUCUGGACCCCAUCCUGAGAGCCGCUGCGAUAACGAACCCGUCUCCGAAGGAUCGUGAAGUCCCCCCUCAACCCCGUUCCCGGGAUGGCCUCACGCGGAUGUUGAAGGAUAUUGUGGAGGUCAAACGGGACGUGCUGGACCCGCCCUGUGAGGUCAGCGCCCUCUUUGAGCUUCUGGACCGGUUUGUGGUCGAGGAGGACGCCCUGCAGGUUCUUCAGCGCGUGGCCGCGGUCCCGGGUACCGCCCGCGUGGUCGAGAACUUCGACGCCGUGGGGGAUCGCCCCGCGGAUGGGCGGUCUCCCGCUGCGUGUGCGGUGAAUAAACCGCAGUCCCCUCCGCUAUUGAAGCCGACUUCUCAGCCUUUGAUCCUCCUCCCGGCUGGUUCGCAGGGGCGGGAGACUUCGGAAAAAUUUUCGCGGCGUGCAUCCGUCAAAACGGCUUGCCAUGACCGCAUUUCAGUCCCUAGCCCUCCCCCUCCCGAUUUCACUUUCAGGGCUGAGGUUAGCCGGUGUGGGGCGAUCGAUGCGAAGGCGGCAUCUCCACGCGCGCCGCAAUUACGCCUACGGCAUUCGACAACUCAUGAGGAGAGGGUCGCCGCGGCGAUUCGAGCCUUUGACGAGCUUGAUAGCGCCACACUUUAUGAAAAGGGAAAGGAGGAUGGGGCUGCCAUCACAGGGCAUCCACACUACACCGCCUCAGUACCUCCAUCAAGAACAAUCAAACGCCGUAAACGCUUUACCCUUGAGGAGGACGAGGCGAUUAUUCAGGGGGUAAAGAGCUUUGAUUAUCAGGGUACCACACGAUUUCAAUACAUAUUUCGGUUUUAUCAGAAUGUUUGGCAGCCUGGGCGCACUCCAACCCAUUUGUACGACCACUGGCGCGAUUCAUUGUCCAAGCGCGUCUUGAAAGAUGUGGCAGCGGGCCAUGAGCCCAGUGGACGGGUUUCUUUUACAAAGGAGGCUUCUGCGUCAUCUUUGAGUUCUGAGAUUGAGGAGAUCUGA